AUGGUCAAUCGGGCCAAUGUGACGCAACUGCUCGCGGGUCUACAACGUCUGGCGGAGAUUCAGCCCAGCACACGCUGGAGCCGCGUGGUCCCGCGGGUCAUCACCAGCGGUGCAGGCACCAUUCAGUACUUCCAGGUGGGCGAUCUCAAUGGCGACGGAGAUCUUGAUGUGGUCGGCGCUGAUCAAGAGCUUGCAGAGGUGAAUUGGUAUCGCAACCUGGGCAACCUGAGCAACUUUGCUUUUUCAGGCCCGUUGCCCCUGAAUGCCAAUCUUGGCCCAAACGCUCCCAUUGCGGUGGCAGACCUCAACAAUGAUGGGCAUUUGGACGUGUUGGUGGCCACGGCUGGCCCAAUCACCUCCUUGGUGUGGCACCCCAACCUGGGCAAUGGCACCUUUGCCCCCUCGAUCACGCUGGCUAAUCUUCAAGACCAGCCUCAAGCCAUUGCGGUGGCAGACCUCGACGACGAUGGUCUUUUGGACGUAGCCUCCAUCGGCUCGACAUCGACCGCGUCCUUUGGGUGGUUUCAAAAUCAGGGCUUUGGAAACUUUCGGCAGCAGCAGGUCAUCGACAAUGCCAAACCUCUGCCCACACGUCUCCUGGCGGCUGAUCUGGACACGGAUGGCGACAUGGAUCUAGUUGUGUUUGACCCCGCCAGUCACGCGAUGCGCUGCUCUCAAACUCUCUCUCUCUCUCUCUCUCUCUCUCUCUCUCUCUCUCUCUCUCUCUCUCUCUCUCUCUCUCUCUCUCUCUCUCUCUCUCUCUCUCUCUCUCUCUCUCUCUCUCUCUCUGCACGCUGGAAGAAGCGGCUCACGGCGACCCUGCACAUUGCCAACAAGGACAUGUUGGUGCGCCACUUUGGGCAGGGGCUUUGGGUGUAG